AUGAACCUCCUCCCCCGUGAGCAGGACAAGCUCUUGCUCUACACCGUAGGGAGCCUCGCGCAGCGCCGACUCGCGCGCGGAGUCCGCCUCAACAAGAUCGAGGCGACCGGCCUCAUCGCGUGCCAGCUCCAGGAGCUCGUCCGUGAUGGCACGCACUCGGUGUCGGAGCUCAUGGACCUUGGCAAGAAGUUCCUCGGCAGGCAGCAUGUCAUGGUUCCGGAGGCGAUUUGCGAAAUCCAGAUUGAAGGAACUCUUCCGGACAAGUUCCCGAAGGUCAAGCCGCAGGCGGAGCGCGACCGCCCUGGCGCCAUGAUUCUGCGCAAGGAGAAGAUUACUCUGACGCCGGGACGGAAGCGCUUCCACCUCGAGAUCAAGAACGGAGGCGACCGACCGAUCCAGGUCGGUUCUCACUUCCCCAUUCUGGAGGUGAACCGGGCGCUCAUCUUCGACCGCGUGCUCGCGUACGGAAUGCACCUGGACAUCGCGGCUGGUACUGCCGUCCGUUUCGAGCCCGGAGAGAAGAAGACGGUGUCUGUCGUCGAGAUUGGCGGCAACAAGGUGCUGCAUGGUGGAAACGGUGUCGCCUCUGGUCCUCUCGACGAGGGCAAGCGGGACAAGAUUGAGCAGAGGAUCAAGGAGAUGGGCUUUGGACAUGUCGAGCAGGCAAACGUCAAGAGCUCUUCCCCGCCCGAGAUCGACCGCUCCACAUACUCAAACAUGUUUGGCCCUACGGUCGGAGACAAGGUCCGUCUCGCGGACACCAACCUCUGGAUCGAGGUCGAACAUGACUACACGGUCUACGGAGACGAGUGCAAGUUCGGAGGAGGCAAGGUUCUCCGUGACGGUAUGGGACAGGCGAGCGGACGAUCCGACGCCGAGGUCCUCGAUCUUGUCAUCACCAACGCUCUCGUUGUGGACUGGAGCGGUAUCUUCAAGUGUGACAUUGGUGUGAAGAAUGGCAAGAUCGCAGGUCUCGGCAAGGCUGGUAACCCGGAUAUGCAGGACGGUGUGGACGACAACCUGAUCUGUGGUUCGAACACUGAGGUUGUUGCUGGUGAGGGCACGAUCGUCACGGCCGGUGGUAUCGACUCUCACGUGCACUUCAUCUGUCCCCAGUCUUCCGACGAGGCGCUGGCGGCUGGUCUGACAACGCUGAUCGGUGGUGGUACUGGUCCCGCGGACGGCACGAACGCCACGACAUGCACGCCCAGCAAGUUCUACAUGGAGGGCAUGAUGAAGGCCUGCGACGACAUGCCACUGAACUUUGGUUUCUCGGGCAAGGGCAACGACUCUGGCGAGGCUGGUCUGCGCGACAUUGUCGAGGCGGGAGCGUCGUCGCUUAAGCUGCACGAGGAUUGGGGUGCGACGCCCGAGGCAAUCGACCGCGCGCUCAACGUUGCCGAUGAGUACGACGUGCAGGUCAACAUCCACACGGACACGCUGAACGAGGCUGGCUACGUCGAGAACACGCUCAAGGCGUUCAAAGGUCGCACGAUCCACACGUACCACACGGAAGGUGCCGGAGGCGGUCACGCGCCCGACAUCAUCGUUGUGUGUGAGGCUGAGAACGUCCUUCCCUCGUCCACGAACCCGACCCGCCCGUACGCGACCAACACGCUCGACGAGCACAUGGACAUGGUCAUGGUGUGCCACCACCUGGACCGCAAGAUCCCCGAGGAUAUCGCCUUCGCGGACUCGCGUAUCCGUGCCGAGACCAUUGCCGCCGAGGACGUGCUCCAGGACAUUGGUGCCAUCUCUAUGAUCUCAUCCGACACCCAGGCCAUGGGCCGUAUCGGUGAGGUCAUCACGCGCACUUGGCGCACGGCCGGAAAGAUGAAGGACGUCAACGGCCCGCUCGACGGCGACACCGACUUCAACGACAACAACCGUGUCAAGCGCUACGUUUCCAAGUACACUAUUAACCCUGCCAUCACGCACGGCAUGUCGCACCUGAUCGGCCAGGUGAAGGAGGGCUGCCUCGCGGACCUUGUUAUCUGGGACCCUGCCUCGUUCGGUGUCCGCCCCAACAUUGUGAUCAAGGGAGGCUUCAUCGCGUGGGCCGCUAUGGGCGACGCCAACGCCUCCAUCCCGACCGUGCAGCCCGUCAUCGGCCGCCCGAUGUACGGCUACUACGACACGUCGCAGACGAGCAUCAUGUGGGUGUCGCAGGCGUCGAUCGACAACGGCACGAUCGCAAAGUACGGCCUCAAGAAGAAGAUUGAGGCCGUCAAGAACUGCCGUAACCUGUCCAAGAAGGACAUGAAGCACAACGAUCUCUGCCCCCAGAUGACGGUCGAUCCGGAGACGUACAAUGUGCACGCCGACGGUAUUCUGUGCGAUGUGCCUCCGGCGACGCACCUGCCGCUCACCACGAAGCAAUACUUGUACUAA